CAUACACCGGCGGAAGUAGUGGUCUCGUGUCCUUCAUGCUUUCCGUAGUGCGCGUGCAGGAGUGACAUUCCGCAGCAACAUGGCGGCCUCCAGUUUAUUCUCCUCUCUCAGAUCACACAUGUCUAAGGUGAGGUUAGCGGGGUGUGUGGUGUGUGUACACACGGGACGCUCAGUGUUCUCAGCUGAUAAAGCUCUUCUGGUGAAACUGCGGAAGACCACGGGCUACACCUUCAUCAACUGUAAGAAAGCUCUAGAGAAGUUCAACAAUGACAUCACACAGGCAGAACACUGGCUCCAUGAUCAGGCUCAGAAGGAAGGCUGGAGUAAAGCAAGUAAACUGGAGAACCGUAGAACCUCAGAGGGUCUGAUCGCUCUGCUGAGGAAGGAAAACACAGCUGUUAUGGUGGAGGUGAACUGUGAGACUGAUUUUGUAGCGAGGAAUGAGAUGUUUCAGCAGCUGGUGCAGGACGUUGCCUUCGCUACAAUGGAGCAUCAUCAGAGCAGGACCCGGGCUGGAUAUGUGAAGAGUGUGUUGUCUGCUGAGGAUGUGUGUAACCUCGCUGUUCCUGAAGGUUCCUCCGUUGCUGACCGGCUGGCCCUCGCUAUAGGGCGUCUUGGUGAGAAUAUUUCAAUGAGACGGGCGGUGUCUGUGGGCAUGCCAUCUGAGUGGUGUUUGGGGUCAUAUGUACACGGGGCGGUGUUGGGGCGGAGUGGCGUGCUGAUGGGGCGUUACGGAGCUCUUGUGGUGUUCCAGGGUGGGCCUGAGGGGCAGGAGGAGGUACUGGGUAAAAAACUGGGGCAGCACAUUGUGGGUGAGGCGCCUCUGAGCCUGGGGGACGUAGGCGAUGUGUCGUGUGGAGAAUCAGAGACACGCCUCUUAGCUCAGAACUUCCUGUUAGAACCCCAGUACACAGUGGGACAGUACCUCGCUCUGCAGAAUGCACGGGUUCUCGACUUCAUACGCUUUAAAUGUGGAGAGGACACGCAGUGACCCUACACCACAGGCAGGUAGAACACCAGAGCUUAAGAACGUCCAACAUGUUCAUCCUCAAUAAACACAAACUGUUAAUAAUAUUAAUUUAACAGCGGAGAUAUAAAGUGAGUGUGUGACUCGUAUCAACAUGCUGUGUUUUAGACCACAGAACAGUCCAGAGACUCUAAACACACACACACACACUGUUCAUGAUCAUGAUGUCCUGUAUUGUGUGUAAGUGUUGUAAAUCUGUGCGUUGAAAAUAAAACAAUUAUAUGUGUCA